ACUGCUUUGAGGAAUUACUCUUGCCUAACCACUGGGGAUAGCAUUAUGGUUCCAUACAACAACAAGAAAUAUUUUAUAGAUAUAGUUGAAACUAAGCCUGCUAACGGAAUUAGCAUCAUAGAAACAGACUGUGAGGUUGAUUUCGCAACUCCCCUUGACUACAAGGAGCCUGAACGUCACACAGCACCUGCUGCAGCAAAGGGUCCGGCAAAAGCUGAGGAAGUUGUGGAUGAACCUGAACCAAAGUUCAAUCCUUUCACGGGAUCUGGAAGACGGUUAGAUGGGAGACCUCUUGCCUAUGAGCCACCACCUGCCUCUAUCCCAAAAGACAAACAGCCUGUUGUUGCUAAUGGUAAUGGACAGUCAUCUGCAGCAAGUAGCUCAGAGAAAGCUGCGCGACAGGCCCAAGGAAAACUUGUGUUUGGGUCUAAUGCCAACCGUGCUCCAAAAGAGGCUACUCCUCCUAAGGUUGGAGCUGGAAAAGAGACCAAGCAAGAAGAACAGGAGAAGAAAGAAGAGCCUAAGUUCCAAGCUUUCACUGGGAAGAAGUAUUCAUUGAGGGGUUGACCAACUCACACAAUGAGUGUGCUCAGUUUAUUUAUGAUCCCCUCAUGUUGUGUAUUAUAAAGACUAGUGCCUCGAACUAAAAGGAAAACAAAUAAGUUAAUAAAUCUCUUGCUUGUCUUGACUAGAUUUGUUUUCUUUAUCAGAUUCAAUGGCAUUUCAUACAGUUC